CACUGAGAGAGAGAGAGAGAGAGAGAGAGAGCUGUUUUGUUGUUAACUGGGUCACGGAGCGUGAGAGGCAGUGCGAGAGCGUGGAAGCAAGAGGGAAAAUGAAUGAGGACGCGAAGAGGAGCAUCCCUUCUGGUCUUACUGUGAAACCUUCGAUCUCAGAAGACCGUAAGCCCUCGUUGGCGGCGGCGACUCCUCCUUCCGGAAAGCGCGUCAUUAUCAAGAGCGCCGACAUGCUCCCCGACAUGCAAAAGGAGGCCGUAGACACUGCCAUCGCCGCAUUUGAGAAGCACGGUGUUGAGAAGGACGUUGCAGAGCACAUAAAGAAGGAAUUUGACAAGCGACACGGCUCCACCUGGCACUGCAUCGUUGGUCGUAACUUUGGUUCAUAUGUGACUCAUGAAACAAACCACUUCGUUUAUUUCUAUUUGGAUCAGAAGGCUGUGUUGCUAUUCAAAUCUGGCUAAUUGAUGUUGACGAAGAUGGUAACGUCAACAAUCACAAAAUUUGGGAUUAAGGCACUAUAAUUAGAACCUGUACGUGUUUACCAUGUAUAUCUUGUAACACUUGAAUUGGCUUCGAACUUUAGAUACCCGAUCGUUCUUGACUCGAGGGCAAUUAGAUGUUUCUGGGAAGCUAAAUGAGUCCCGGUUGCUUUAUCUAAAACUUGAUUAGCACAUUGGGGCUCAGUGCAUAUCUAUGUGAUCUGUUCUCGUCCAAUUUGAAGUUAAUAUUGAGGUUGGAUGAA